AUGACCUUCUCAUUCGGUGAUUACAAUGGCACAUGCACGUCCAUUGCAUUGGUAUCAUGCCCACUGCUAGGAUCCGAUUUGGGUAUCGUCCCUCAAUGCUACUCGCGCAACAUUGACAUAAACAAUACGAUCAUUUUCCAGCCAGCUACUUGCAUUAUUCAUAUUGCCGCUGUUAUUAUGACCGUUAUUAUGGUAUACCACGUCCACUGCAAAUACACUGCUGUCGGUCGCAAGGAGAUCGUUUUGUUCUUCUACCUCUACGGUCUUUCGGAGCUCAUUGUCCUAUUCCUUGACUCUGCGGUGAUUCCGACACACACAGGUGCUUACCUCUGGUUCACUGCGAUCUAUGUUGGCUUAAAAUCAUGCAUAUUCUGGUGUCUUAUGCUGAAUGGUUUUGUUGGGUUUCAGUUUGCGGAGGACGGUACGUCGCUCUCUGUGUGGACCUUGCGCAUCACUACACUCGUCAUCUGGGCUAUUAGUUUCGGCGUGUCAGCAUGGACAUUCACAGAUCGGACCAAGGGCGCAAGCCAAGCCGGUCUUUGGUUCUUUGAAUUUGUGUUCCCACUGGUCAUGGUUGUGAUUUACAUUGUCUCCCAGGUGAUUCUCGUGCUGCGCACCUUGGAUGAGCUUUGGCCGAUCAACGAUAUUGUGUUCGGCACACUCGCAUUUACCGCUGGUCUUAUUCUUAUGUAUGGCUUCAGUGUUCAGAUCUGCGAAAAUGUGAAGCACUAUAUUGACGGCACAUUCUUCGGUACUCUCUGCACCCUUUUCGCCGUGAUGAUGGUGUACAAAUACUGGGAUUCAAUUACAAAGGAAGAUCUUGAAUUCAGCGUUGGCUCGAAACACAAUGCUUGGGAAAACAAGGAGCUCGUGCACGAUUUUGACGGGUCUAAUCACUCGCACGACGGCCCUGGCCGCACCUCUGUGUCAGGGCGCACGUUUAGCAACUUUGGCCCGCCUUCGCCGACGAACGGCAUCACCAAAGUGGACCCGAGCCGGCCUCAACUCUAG